UUUAUUUUUACAUUUCUUGAUGUAGAAAUCCAAAUGUAGAAAUUUCUUUGAUCUUUUUCCCUGAUAAAUAUGAAUUCGCCGUUAAAUAGUGCACAUCAACAAGAACGGAAAGCUGAAAAGUUUAUCAAUUAUGAAAGAUAUGAGGAAGCCAUAUCUUGCUACGAAAAUGCCUCAGUUUAUAUCAUUGAAGCCAUGAAGUCAACGACUUGUUUUCAGGCCUUACUCUCCAUGCAACUGCAAAUUGAAGAUCAUUCAAGAAAAAAGAAAUUGCUUCAGAUUAAAAUUCGAAACAUAGCUCUUACAGUUACUGAGAAUUUAAAUGAUUCUCUUAGCGACAAGCCUGUGGAUAAGAGUAGACUACCUGAUUUGAAUACUGAAAAUGAAAGAUUGGAUACAGAUUCAAAUUCGGAGCCAUCUCUUCAUUCUAGUCAGGAUAUUUUUUAUGAAAAAAAGACAAUACAUGAUCAGUCAAAUGUUGAUGACCUACAAAUGCAAGUGCUAACAUUAACACAAGCUCUCGAAGAUUCAAAUCGAGAGAACAAUCAUUUAAGGAGGAUAGUGAUUUGCUUCAAAGAAGUACUGCAAGAGAGAUUUGGACUUUCUCAAGAAGAAGUUGAGCAAAUACUGAUAGAUAAUAAAUCUGAACUAUCACCAAAUAUUCCAGAAAAUGCUGAACACACAAAUAAGAAUAUUGAAGAAUCUAAUGAAUGAUGAAUAUUUCUUAGUAUGCCAAGUUGUUUUGAGUCUGUGACAUAUAUUUUUACCAAUAUAAAAACAUACUGAAUUGGACAACUUUAUUAUUAUAUAUAGAAUACUUUUAGAAGCACUUUCUUUAGAAUUUAUAUCUUGAACUCUGCUAAUAAAACAUAAAUAUACUUACCAUUUAA